AAUCAGCGUCCUUCUCCCAGACACACACAUAUCCGUAUUGGAGAUUUGUUUUGCUUACGCUGGAUGUCAUAUCGCAGGAUAAUUGACACCGUUUCUCUUUUUUGGCAUCACAGAAGCGACAUUUUAACGCAGAACGAAGCUGCGCCGCUUAAUAAUGCCUCCAGAUUGCCACAAAGCGGAUUAGUAUGUUUUUAUCAGGAUCCAGGUUAUCUACGAGUGAUUGCUAAUGCUAACGUCGGCUAGCUAACAGGCUAACAAAGCAGGCUUUUAUGAUAAAUACCGGUUUACUGUGGUGAUCGAGGCCGGACUUUUGCUCUUUUUUAUAGCCUAUGUGAUGGUCUGGACUGUCUCUGUCAGCGGAUCCUCCCUCAGAGAGUCAUGCUAUGAUGGUGCUGCGGAGGUUACUGAGAAAGCGCUGGGUGCUGGGGGUAGUUUUUGGACUAUCUCUCAUUUACUUUCUCACCAGCACACUCAAACAGGUACACAAACUCACUGCACAAGGAAAUAUUAUGCAACCCACUACAACAAAAUCUUUUAUUUAUGAAGCUUCCUCUCUUUCAGACAGUAAAGCAGGCCGAGUGCAGGAGGAUCUAGUGUGUGUUAGUGCAGCAGAGGGACUGAGAGAGCAAAGCAGAGCAGUCAGCUGUCAGCAACAUUAUAAAAUGUGAAUCUAAAGUUACAAGUCGCAUUUAAACGACAAAGAAACAGUAUUUGAGCACACACCUGAGAGUAUGAUGUGAUCACAUGUUUGCAAGCUCAGGUUAUCUGCCUCUGAUUAACUUGAAAUAUAUCAUUCCAAGUAAAAGUGUUAGAAUUGACUGGUGGACACAAUAGUUUUCAGUCUGACCUUAUUAAAACAAAGGACCCUGGAGGGACCCGGUACCUCAGGUUUGGGGGUAACUGUUCGAAGCAUGGUUAAGGUCCAAGGCAAUGUUCUUAGCCAACCUCAGCAUGGUUUUGUUGUCAGCUGAUUCACAGAGGCCCUGCAGUGGUUGACCAACAAUCUUGGAACAGAUUUUUAUCUAAUGGAGCUGUUUAGACUUGAAAGAAGUGGACAGACAUGUGUACCAUGUGCUAUUCUUCUUUAAAAUGAACAAUAAGUACCAAUAAAGGUUCCCAAAAAUUUGAAGGAAGUGGAAUUAAAAGUCAAUGUUGAUCAAAAUAAUUUUGAUCAUCCUUUUGGUGAUCUGCUGCACAAGCCACGUUUAGAGCACAGCAAUCUCACACUGAAAAUCAUACUACAAAAAAAUCACACAACUGCUUGCAUGUAUGCUCCAACACAUAGUUACGUUUAGAUAAUGAGUAAAAGUUAAAAGUAGAGACAGUAACAACAUGACCUCAGUAACAAAAGGUCCCUUGCCGGACUGAGAUCUGAUUCUAGAUACGACUAAAAGACAUCCAACUGAGGGGCCAGAUUGGGUUAUAGUUGUUGAACGGGUCAGAAAUAUACCCAGGAGCUGAAUCAUUGAGCUUUAUGGACUUGUAAUAGGAUUUUAAAGUGGAUUUGAAUUGAAUUGGGAGCCAUUGACCUGUUUUGAGGACUGGAUUACCACGAGUGGUAUGUAAUCAGUAUUUUUAAGGCAGUACUGAAAGUAAGAUUGCUAUUUUGAGAAUUUUCCAUUGCUCACCUAUUCAUGCACACACUCCUGUUGAUCCUGAUUUUUUUUUUCAGUAUCUUGAUGACACACGCAGAAGAGGAGUGUCUAUUUCUCACAGCUGUGUCACAGCCAUGUGUUUAAAAAGUCAGUGUGACGGAACCCUUUUUUUACAGCCCAAAAUGACCUGCUAAAGUGUCCUGCUUCCUACUGUUUAUUCUUAAUGUUUCUCAUCCAAACCCAAAGAAAAUUAGUUUUUCCAUUAAAGAUAGUUUUUGAAAAAUAAAUCAAGAAUUAAAAAAUUGUGGCGCUGGAAGGGUUGAUUUCAGCAUUUUGGUCCAAAACUAAAUGAACAACUGUUUUUCUAAAGUCUAAGAUUGCUUUACCCUCUAAAUAGAAAUUUAAAACCCUCAAAAUGUGAGGUUCAAGAUCAGGUUAGUACCUACAGGUAGAUUUGUUUUGCUGCAAGUGAAUGACACCCAGUUUGACAUUCAGUUACUAAACAAACAUCAUGAAACUACACAAAACCAUGAGAAUCAAAAACUAUUAAAACACACCACAACAUGACCAAGUGUAACAUCAAGAGGUUUGAAGAUUUUGAGAAAAUUCACAUUUCAAAUGCUGAAAUCUGCAUUUUUUUAUGUAUUCAUCUAAAAGGUUUCUCACACUUAUUUAUGGGUUAUCUCUAAAUAGUAAGUGAUGGAUUUUAUACUUUUACAGUUAACACAACCUCAUUUUAUUGUCUGCAUGAACUCAAAUCUUUGUUGAAUUUGUCCUCAUAUUUGAAUCUUCUGCGUGAAUUGUUUAGGAGGAGCGGACCAUAAGGGACCGCACACUCUUAGAGGCCAGAGACCCAGACCACCGCAUCCCCUGGAAAGUCCGCUUCAACCUGGGAAACAGCAGCCGGCAGAUCACUCAGUGCAGAAACUCUAUCCAGGGCAAAGCGCUUCUCACAGACGAACUGGGUGAGUCACAUCGUAGUUACUUAUAUCUAUACAGUGACGAAUAUUGAGAAGUGUUUUGUUUCCUGUGAAUCAAUCAGUGCAUUUUCUUAUCUUUGUUAAUGUUUGACAGGUUAUGUCUGCGAGAGGAAAGACUUGCUGAUUAACGGCUGCUGUAACGUCAACGCUCCCAGCACCAGACAGUACAUUUGUAAAAGCUGCCUUGCCAACGGCUGCUGCAGCAUCUAUGAGUAUUGUGUGUCUUGCUGCCUCCAGCCUGAUAAGGUAAUCUGACCCAUCAAGGAUGUUCAGGGGCAGGGGUAAAACCGAUUACCACGAACGAUUAAACCUUUUCAUGUGCAGCAUCCUGCAAGAACUUAGAUGCUUUUUGUCACACAUGCAUUUUUUACUUAGCCGUGAAUAUGAGGGGACAAAGAAAGUGAGAUUAAAAUCUGCAUCGUCCUCUUAUCUUCUUCAGCAACUUCUUCUCGAGCGCUUCCUGAACCGUGCGGCCGAUGGCUUUCGGAAUCUCUUCACUGCGGUGGAGGAUCACUUUGAGCUGUGCCUCGCCAAGUGUAGAACCUCUUCACAAGUAUGUAGAGAGGCAGAUAAAAUGUCAAACAGUCCCCUCUGACUGACCACAAUCCUAACUUUUGACAAACAUAAACAAACACAUCUGCUUUAUCAUGAUGUUUUCCCAUUAUAACCACACAUCCUGCUUGUGUCUUCAUCAUUCAGGUUCAUACUUGACUCAGCAGUGAAAGCCAGAUUGAUGAUAUGCUCUGUUUUCUUUAGUGUUUAAGUGUUACUCAUCAACAGUGGUUUGUGCAAAACUUCAAUUGCUGCUUUUCUUCGUAUGAGUCUUAUAAGCUGAUUGCAUUCAAGUCAAAAGUACAUGUUACGCAAAUUCUGUCCUGGCCUGACCUUUGCUCUACCUACGCCCCUGCUGGUUAUGUUUGAUAUGUUUUUCUGCUCUUCUGUACACAGCAAGUUUAAAAGUUUUCCCAAUUAUUAAGAAUUUUUUUCAUUUGUGAUCGUUAAAUUAAUGCAUUACUAGCAAAUGUAACAUCACAUCGACGGUCCUGUUCUUGCACAAUCAGCUUUACUGUCAUCACUUUCUAAAGGAUUUAUACAAAAAGUGCAUUUGCAUGAUCACUGAAAGAUCUGUACAUGUUUGAAGUUUGCUGACCUGUUUUUUUGUUUUUUUCUCCCUUUCAUGCAGAGUGUUCAACAUGAAAACACGUAUCGAAACCCUCAAGCUAAGUACUGCUACGGAGAAAGUCCUCCAGAGCUGCUUCCUGUAUGAGGGUCCAUCUUGAAUCCAGUUUCAGGAAGUACAGGGAGAGCUGUGGGUCUACAAAACAUCCCUGUUUGGACACUUUAUGGUGCUAGAAGAAGAGACUCUCCACAAACUGUUUUUGAGAUUUAGACCCCUAAGAUCAGCCUCAAACUGGACAAAUGCUGUACAUGAUUUGAUUAUUUUUACACUUCAUAAGUGCAGAGUAGCGUCAUACAUUCAUCCGUGAUGAUCAUCAGUUCAUUAUACGUAGCUGGCAGCUCAUCCCUAAGAAUCCGUUUCAGACCAGUCUGGAUCGUAGACUAGGCAUCAUUUAGAGGAAGAAAACAGCUGUUUGAUGUUUUGUUGGAUAUUUUGAAAUAACAGCAAAGAAUGUGUCAUAAUUUCUGUGUUAUAGUGCAUGCAUGUGAAACUUCUAUUUAAUAAAAGUGACUGUGAAAUGGACUUGGUUGGAUUAACUCAA